AUAUGCAUUUAGAAGACACGACGGCAACAAUGCCGUCAGCACGGAGUCUCACUCGUACCCCUCAACCAGGUCUUCCCCAGCCUAUCGAUGCGCCGACGCUAUCCUCCCCAGUUCCUAGGAACGUCGACGUUGGCCACACAAAGUCUACACAUCAAUGGGACAUCAACGACAGCGGUCUGCCUUCGGUAGUCAAGUUCGAUAAGUUCCAGUUAUGGCCAAACGGACAUGCGCGGUACGUGUACAGCCCGGAACAGGAAGAUGGGAGGCGUCACGUGAGCGGUUGGGCCAUGCGCAAUACAAACAAUCAUAAUUCACUUAUUCUGAAGAAAUCUUGCCUUGGCGUGCUUGUGUGUAACCUCGACUGCCUCCUGGAGAAUGGCGAGAAGGUUCAUCUCAGACCUGCUAUCUGUGACAAAGCAAGAAGAAAGCAAAUGAACAAACCCUGUCCAAAUCCAUCAUGUUCUGGACGUCUGGAGUUGAUGCCAUGUCGGGGUCACUGUGGCUACCCGGUAACCCACUUCUGGCGACAUCUCAACGGGGCCAUAUACUUCCAGGCCAAAGGUUACCACGACCAUCCCAGACCAGAAGCUAAGUCUGUUGCAGAGAGUCGCCGCCAUAUAACCGGAAGUCGUCAGUGCAAGAGCGCAGGCGUCCCGGAUAAUGUGUACACAGAGCGUAAGCGUCACGCCAGUGAACCGUCCUUGGAUAUUGCCCAGAAGAAGUUCCUCUCCUCACAAACAGAAGAUGACGUCAUGUGUUCCUGUCCGCCGUUUGAGUGCACCUGUUCCAACUCCCGAUCGUAUAAAGGUUUCCUGCCAACUUGUGAUAUUUUCAAAGAUCCAUACCAACCAAGUGCCUCCAUUACGCAGAUCAGCAUCACCAAUGCACAUGCCUCGACGCCUUCAUUUGAUCAUCGGCUUCACGCUCCCGACUACAACCGGUCACGAGCUUCUACCUUCCAUGGGUCAUCUUCCUUUUUGUACGACGAGGGAAAAUUCCCAUCAUACACCACAACUCAGCCAUCUUUGUCUGUUUCCUGUUCGACGAGCCAAGGAAUCGGUCAGAUCCCUAACUUCAGCUCUAUGUUUGAACCAAACAGUCGUCAAAGAGAUGACUCUUUAUUCUUCAGGUCCGAUCUGUUCUCAAAAUCGUUUUAUGACGCCCCAGAAAUUGACCAUAAGACGUCAGCUUUCAUCCCAACGCAUUCCGAUCCAUCAACUGGGUACACACGUUUUGAUGACGUCACUAAUAUGGACGCAGCUAAAGGUAACAGUGCAGGCGUGAAGUCAGAGCCAGAUCUAAGUGACCCGUUUAACUUCUGUCCCAAAUCCCGCAUUGGAAACAUGUGCGACGCACACAUUGACCCAUCGUUCUCAAAAUACACACAGACAAGUUUCCAGAUAUUCCAUCCAUCCAUUCUUCGGAAAGAUAUUUCUCUAUUUACGGUGCCGAACAGACUAAUCAAGAUCGUGCAAGCAGUGCUUUCUUCUCCACGUGUAAAUCAAGUGACUCUCACGAAGCAAUCGGUUCCUCGUCUCCACCAAGACGGCUUGAAGAACUGAAACCGGUUCAACAAAAGUCCCAUCCAAACGAAGCCCCUAAAACGGCUUUUGACGUACUACAGAACAGUUUUGCUCAUUCAAACAGCAAAGACACUGAUAUUCCGUGGAUCCGGUUCCGAGAACCACCCAGCUUUGCUACCUCGUCAUGCUCCACGCCAGGUUAUGGUAGCGGAAAUUACAGACAGUUACCUAAAACUGAUACGCAAAAUGCCAACAUACAUGGAAAUGACGGAAUCUCCAGACUUCCUCGUUACCAUAGCGACUAUCUUCAGCACCAGAGUAACCAAUCGUACCAGAACAUUAAGCAGCAACUUUGUAAUCACAGUAUAAACAUCACUCUAACAUAUAACUAAAGAACACUACAUCAAACAAUCAAGUUGUGAUAUUGUCAAAUGAGCAGAAACUAUAUAUUUAUGUUUAUAUUUUACAUUAUUUUCACCAUUAAAGGUCCUGUCCGCAGUCUACUAUCUUCAUCCAAUUACUGUCAGGAGUGUCAUAUUUGUCUAAUAUUUGUCAAGUAGGUUACUGAAACAAGUUCUGACAAAUCCAACUACACUGGCAAUAUUGGUAAAGUAUGAAUUGUAUUGAGUGACCUCGCGAGCGCUUUAACCACGAGGCUACCACACCGCCCUGUGAAUGAUAUAAACCAGCAGGUUAUUACCGCACUUAGUAAUCAUGGACCGAGAUUUAGGAAAGUUAAGUGG